AUGUCAGCCGACUACUGGAACUCGUCGCAAAGAAACGAAUGGCAACUCACUCGAUACUCCCUACUCGAAGCCAGAAGGAAACUCAUUUACCUUGAGCGUAAAUUGAUUCAAAAUGGACUCAUCAAGGACUUCCCAAACAUGAACUACGACUACAAUAUGAGAAUAUAUCUCCAUAACUUAAUGCUCAAACUAGGUCGUCGAAUGAAUGUACGUCAAGUUGCUAUUGCCACUGCUGAAGUAUACUGUAUGCGAUUCCUAACUCGUGUCAGCUUGAAAGAGAUUAAUGUCUAUAUGUUGGUUACAACUUGUCUUUAUGUUGCUUGCAAGAUUGAAGAAUGCCCACAACAUAUUCGAUUGAUUGUUCUGGAGGCAAGAAAUUUGUGGCCAGAGUAUAUCCCGCAAGAUGUUACCAAAUUGGCUGAAUUCGAGUUUUAUUUGAUUGAAGAAAUGGAUCUGUAUUUGUUAUUACAUCAUCCGUACAAGUCGCUUAUGCAAUUGAAGAAUUAUUUUGAGCAAAAGCGUGAUGUUUACGGGUUUGUAUUAUCUGAUGACGAGUUGCAAAAUUGUUGGAGUUUGAUUAAUGAUAGUUAUGUCACCGAUUUGCAUUUGUUAUUGCCGCCGCAUAUCAUUGCUGUGGCUGCAAUCUAUAUUACAAUUGUGUUGAAGAGGAACUUGUCACAGAUGAAGAACAAAGGAGAGAAUGGGGGCGGGAGGAGUGAUAACACGAACCGUAGCUCAAUCAAUACUGAUCCCAGUGCAAGCAAUAAUAACAACAACAACAACAAGGUAAACGUUUCGGUGAAAGAUGAAUUUGAAAGCAAUAGUAUGGUUGGUAAAGAGUUGAAUAUUGAUGAUUUGAUGAACUUGUCCAAACCAAAUAGUCAAGAAGAUGGUCAAAGGCCAAAGUCAGCAGAAGAAGUAUCGCCACUAAAGGGAAACAAUACCCAACCAAACAAUACAAGACAAGGCCAGGGUACCAAACAACAACAGCAAGAACAACAGCAAGAACAACAGCAAGAACAACAGCAAGAACAACACAACUCAUCCAAAGCAAGAACGGCACAUGAUUUGGUCAAUUUUGAUUUGGACAUUUUGGAUGAAGAUUCAAUCAGAAUCACAAAGUUUAUGAAUUUCCUUGAACAUUCACACAUCAAUCUUGAUGAGGUUGUUGAAGCAGUUCAAGAUAUGGUCAAUGUAUAUGUACUUUGGAACAGAUACAACGAGCAAACAGUUAAAAAAGCAUUACAGCUGAUGUUGUGGAAGAGGUAA